AUGGCUAGCAACGACCGCGACGACGCUCAGGCGGCUGAUAACAAUCCGAUUGAGCCUAUCGUUAAGGCUCUCCAGGAUAUACUUACACAUUCCACGUACGCGUGCGGCGGCUCUCUCAGCAGCCCGGAUGACGCCAACAUCCGCCCUAGCUCGGCGAUCACCAUCCGCUGGGACUCUUCAAGCGCCAUCGAAAAAUUAAUCCUACCUCUCCAAGUCGGCAGUAAGGGUGAAGUGGAUGGUUCACUUGCGAAGCUCCUCGAAGGCACUGAGCCUGCUGGAUUCGGAUACAAGGGCAAGGACAUCAUCGACGAGUCGUAUCGCAAGGCCUCCAAGCUCGACACCUCUGCCUUCUCCACCAACUUCUGUCCCUAUGAGACCGGCAUCAUCGAUGUUGUUGCGCAAGCGUUACUUCCACUGUCUCCGGAUCAGUCACAGGGUGUUCGAGCAGAGCUCUACAAGUUGAAUGUAUACGGAGCACCGUCAGGUCUGUUCAAGCCACACGUCGAUACGCCACGUUCCGAGAUGCAAUUCGGCUCACUCGUCGUCUGUCUGCCGUGCGCUCACGAAGGAGGCCAGCUCGUUGUCCGCCACAAAGGCCAUACCACUACGUUCGAUUGGUCUGGCGACGCCAACGUUGCACAGUGGGCAGCUUUCUACAGCGACUGUGAGCAUGAGGUCCUCGAAGUCACUGCGGGUCAUCGCAUAACCCUUACAUACAACCUCUUCGUGCGCCGAGGUCUUGGCGAGCUUGCAGGACACGCCGACGCGCUGGAUUUCAAACAGCUGCCGCUCUAUCGCGAGGUGGCGAACGCUUUGAACAGUCCGGAAUUCAUGGCCAAAGGCGGUUACCUCGGAAAGUACUGCGAUCAUGCAUAUGCUCACGCCACCAAGGAGGGCUCGAAGGCUCUACCCGCCCUACUCAAAGGCUCAGAUUUUAUGGCAUAUGAGGUAUUUCGCUCGCUGGGCAUCAAGACGCGCGUUCGUCCCGUACUUUUGACUUCGGGAGAAGACGAAGAAGACGAAGAAGACGACAGGUCGGAGAACCGUACCGAUGAAGAUGACGACCAAAAGCACCUACAAUUCGCGCGUAUCGGUAAGAAGCUCUCAGCCCCCGUCAUGUCAAGUGUUGGUGGCGACGAGGAUGACACUUGGAGCGAGAUCUACGCCCAAUACCCCCACGACAGACUCCAUGUUCGAUGGUUGAAUUGUGCUACUACAACUAAUCUACAGUUCGGCUUCCUUGCGGUGAGUAGUUUUACGCACGCGCUCUUGAACUUCUACUGA